AUGGCAUUUCUCAAUGCUUAUAUGAAUUCCAAAUUAGGGACCAGCUCACUUUUGAUAGCAUCAGAUUUAUAUAGGUCCUUUCAUAGAUCAUUGGCUAUAGUUGAGAAAAACGAGGUUGGCAGUUAUUCUAAAUACAUUGUGAAAUAUGCAAAAAAGCUAAAGACAGCUGUUAAGACUGUGCGGAAUCAAGCAUCUAAAUCAAAAGCAUUAGACAAUAUAACAAAUGCAAUUACUGAAAAGUGUAAAAGAGAUAGUAAUGACAAUUAUGAAAAUAAGCUUAAUAAAGAAAUGGUCAAAGAAAAUUAUGCUACUUCUGCAAGAGAAUCCAGUAAUGACUUCACAAUUUCCUCAUUCAGUAUUGAAAUGAGCUCUAAAUAA